UGUACACUGGAGAAGCCAUAUAAGGUAGUGAGGAUCUGUGUUGGACCUUGAGACCUGCGUGAUAGACACACCAGAGUGAAGUGCAACAUGUGGUUUAUAAUGAAACGCCGCCAGAGUGAACUGAUAGGAUCUCUGUUUUUGACGGGAGAGGAGGAAACUAGUUCAAGUCCUGUCCUGUCACAGGUACACAACAGAGUACAUGUGAAGCAGGAUUCAGAGGAAAGGCGGGAGCUGUGUGGAAAUGCGCAGCUGAGGUGUGAAGAUAAACCGUGAAAGUUGAAUUUUCACCACAACACAACUUUCAUUUCCACGGAUGAAUUAGACGCGCGCUCAAUGAAGAGCAAGCAUAACCUGAGGAAGAAUGUUUUUUUUUCAGCGCACGAGGAGUGACGUGCCAGGAUCAGCUGCUGUUUGACUGGCGCGUCUUUGUUUGUUGAUGCGUCCAUGUGGGGAAAGCUAUAGUUGAAUCUCUCUCUCUCUCUCUCUCUCUCUCUCUCUCUCUCGCGUUCUCUCUCUCUCUGCUCAGUCGUUAUAUCCUCGCUCACCACAGCUCAAGUAUCAGUUACCGGGUCUCGACCAAUCCCCGCGCGCUGUCAGAGCUCGAGAGGAGACAGCAGCGGAGAGCAGACCGGAGAGAGGCGGACACAGGCAGAGGGGAGAGACAGCGAGAGGAGCACACACCCAUCCAUCCAUCCAUCCAUCCAUCCAUCGUCUAUCCUCCGUCACCCCCUCCCAGCCCGACAGACAGACACGCAGGCGGCUGCCUCCCCCCUCUCUUCCUCCCCUCACCCGCCAGGUUCCCCCUGACUGCAGCUGUUUGGGUUAACCGGGGAGGCGCGAGGCAGGAUGCGCCAUGGGACAAGCGUGCGGACACGCGCUCCUCUGCCGUAGCCAGCCACCGUCCUCAGAGAUACGCGGUCAGCAAGUGUUUCUGCGUCCCGAGGAGAGUUCAGCUCCAGCCCUGACGACCAGACAGUCCACCACGCUGUCCGAACAGCUCCAGGAUGCUUUGCUGCGGCUGGCGGCGGUUGUCGACGCGCGCUCGCUGCGAGUUGCCCUUCGAGACAGCAUACAGGAGCUGCUACCCAGCACGGAGUGUGUAUGCGUCUACAUGCUGGAGGGAGACUUGAGGCUACUAUCUGAUGACCUGCCACAUGAACUGCCACAGGAGGGAAAGAUCAGGAGUAUCGCGGACCAGCUGAAGCGGUGUCAGUGUGCCGGCCUUCCUUCAUCCGAACUGCCAGAGAAAUACAGAAUCUGCCUUGCAGCACCGUUACCAGCACACAGAAGAGCUGUUGUCAUCCCUAUCUUGGACCAGGAGCGGAGCAAGGCCAUCGCUGUCUUACUGGUGGGCUGCAAUCCUCUAUCCGAUCAAGAUGAAUUGCAUCUUAAUAUGCUGGAAAAACAUGCCUCAGUGGCGUGUGUGCGCGUCCAGGUUGUUCAGACAUCCUACCAGAGGCCUCCCCUUAGCCCCUCACCCAUACAGUCCCACAAUGCACUGCUGCACCUCAACGUUUCAGACCAGGACUACUGCGAGUUGGACCGCAACAUCCUACAGCUCUGCGGUGAGCUCUAUGACCUUGAUGCAGCCUCUCUCCAGCUCAAAGUCAUCAAUUAUCUGCAGCAGCAGACCCAGUCGCAGUGUUGUUGUCUGCUGCUGGUGUCUGAGGACAACCACCAGCUUUUCUGCCAGGUAGUUGGAGACAAAGUCCUAGAGGAGGAGAUCAGCUUCCCGCUGAUGUUUGGACGUUUUGGUCAGGUUGUCGAGAAGAAGAAGUCAAUUACUCUUCAGGACAUCAGUGCUGAGGAGCGUAGACAGCUGUCCAGUAUGUUGGGCUGUGAGAUCUCGUCCAUGCUCUGUGUCCCAGUGGCGAGCAGGGCCACCGGUCAGGUGGUGGCACUAGCGUGCGCGUUCAACAAGCAGGGUGGGCAGAGACACACAGAGGCAGAUGAGCACGCCAUCCAGCACUGUUUCUGCUACACUUCAACAGUUCUCACUUCAACUUUGGCCUUCCAGAAAGAACAGAAGCUCAAAGUGGAGUGCCAGGCGCUCUUACAAGUGGCCAAGAAUCUCUUCACACACUUGGAUGAUGUGUCAGUGCUGUUACAGGAAAUUAUAGUGGAGGCCAGGAACCUCAGCGGUGCAGAGAUCUGUUCAGUGUUCCUGCUGGAUCGCCUCAGCCAUGAGUUGGUGGCAAAGGUGUUUGACGGGGGCGUGGUUAGUGAUGAAGAGAAGGAGUUCCGCAUCCCAGCAGAUCAGGGUAUCGCAGGUCACGUGGCGACCACAGGUCAGAUCCUGAACAUUAAAGACGCCUACUCCCAUCCUCUUUUCUACCGCGGUGUGGACGACAGCACCGGCUUCAGGACUCGAAACAUCCUCUGCUUCCCCAUCAAAGAUGAGAACAACGAGGUGAUCGGCGUGGCUGAGUUGGUGAAUAAAAUGAAUGGGCCAUGGUUCAACCGCUUUGAUGAGGAUCUGGCCACAGCUUUCUCUAUCUACUGUGGUAUCAGCAUUGCCCAUUCUCUGCUCUACAAGAAAGUCCAUGAAGCUCAGUUCAGAUCCCACCUGGCCAAUGAAAUGAUGAAGUACCAUAUGAAGGUUUCAGAGGAAGAGGUGUCUAAGCUGCUGGUGACAGGCAUCGAACCGGUGAAGGAGAUCCACCCCUGCUUUGCCGAGUUCACGUACACGCCGCGCUCCCUGCCCGAUGACACCACACCCAUGUGCGUCCUCAGCAUGUUUGAAGACAUGGGUUUCAUCAACACGUACAAGAUUGACCUGCACACUCUCGCCAGGUUCUGUCUGAUGGUGAAGAAAGGCUACAGGGACCCUCCGUACCACAACUGGAUGCACGCCUUCUCUGUCUCACACUUCUGCUACCUGCUCUACAAAAACCUAGGGCUGUCCAACUACCUCGAGGAUAUAGAGCUUUUAGCUCUCUUUGUCUCCUGUAUGUGCCAUGACCUGGACCACCGUGGCACCAACAAUUCUUUCCAAGUGGCCUCGCAAUCUGUGCUGGCUGCUCUCUACAGCUCAGAGGGAUCUGUGAUGGAGAGACAUCACUUUGCCCAGGCCAUCGCCAUUCUGAACACUCAAGGCUGCAACAUCUUUGAGAAGUUCUCCAGGAAGGACUACCAGCGCAUGCUGGAUUUGAUGAGAGACAUCAUUCUGGCUACAGACCUGGCUCACCACCUCCGCAUUUUCAAGGACUUGCAGAAGAUGGCUGAUGACGGAUACGAUCCAAAAAGCACAACCCACCGCUCCAUGCUGCUGUGCCUGUUGAUGACGUCAUGUGACCUGUCAGACCAAACUAAGGGCUGGAAGACCACACGCAAGAUUGCUGAGCUGAUUUAUAAAGAGUUCUUCUCUCAAGGAGAUCUGGAAAAAGCCAUGGGGAACAGACCCAGUGAGAUGAUGGACAGAGAGAAAGCGUACAUCCCAGAGCUACAGAUCAGCUUCAUGGAACAUAUCGCCAUGCCCAUUUACAAGCUGCUAUCUGAACUGUUUCCUGGGGCCACUGAGCUGUACGAGAGAGUGGCGGCAAAUCGAGAGCAGUGGACCAAAGUGUCCCACAAGUUCACCAUCCGGGGGUUGCCUAGCAACAACAGCCUAGACUUCCUGGACCAGGAAUAUGAGCUACUGCAGUCCCAGGGCGCUUUCGGGAGUGACGACCACUGCCUCAACGGUUGCCUUGAUGAUGCCGAAGGAGGGAAGGGUCAGUGACAACAGCGGCCUGUCGACGAUUCCUGAAGUUUUCUGUGGUCCAAUAAGAGGCUGAGGAUACCUUUUUAGCGACCUAAGAGGGAGGGGGUCUCUCUCUGCUGUCAAUCACUUAGAUGCUUAGCAGCCAUGCAGAAUGAACAGGACAAAGUUUCACACUGAUUGAAUCCGACAAGUGAUUUGAAACAAGUGGAUCCAUCUGAGCCGGUUCAGUGAUUAGAUGCUACUUGUUGCUUGUGUCUCCAGUUCAGGAAAGCAGAAGGUGGUGACUUUAUCUUUUUCAGCAGCUACACUGGAAAAAUAAGUUUUUACCACAAGUCACAAGUUCAUUCAUACAGUACUGAUCCUGAUUAAUGUUGUAAAAACACACACACACACACACACACUGACACACAUUAUGUACAUGCACAUUGUGUUUAGACACACAAGACAGGAAAAAAAACUAUUCAUUCUUAUGGAAAAGACUACUUCAACAUGUAACAGUGAGAUAAGUGCUAUACUUUGAGUAAAAUGUUUCAUAAUAGCUUAUAUUGAUUUAAAUGGCUUAGCUUUGUUCACACACAAGCAGCUGCCAUAGUCCCUCACCUGAUGCUUAUGAAUGCAUGCUAUAUGGACACCUCAUGUAUUAUUCCUUUUAUCUGCGUCAGUGUUGAUUUCUCCAUGGCUAACAAAUUAAUGCAGUCCAUUUUUAUACCAUCAGAAAAGGUUUUUGUAUUCAGCUCUUCAAAGUAUAUAUUUAAUUCAUCCAUGACCAUGUAGUUGUAGAAGAGAGCAUUUGUUUAUUUGCUCAGACAACAUUUUAACUUUCAUGUGAUCAUCGAUUCACUUUUCCUCAUUUUGGGGGAUUUAAGGGACAAUUUGACAAUCACUGAUCACUUGCAGAGUCACAGAUCCCUGGCCAUAACACCCCCACUCCAUGUAGAAAACAUUAAAAAACACACACACACCUUGUGCAUCUACACCUCACACAAAGCCCACUCAUGACAUAAAACCCAUCCUCAAUUUAUUUUUCCUGCCAUCUCUUGCAAUUUUCAACCUUACUUUUGAGUUAAUUGAUUUCCUCAUAAAAAACACUUUAGAUAGAGAGCAACCGAAGCCCUUUAAAAGAUCCGUCUCAUCUGUUGUGUAAAUGUGCCAGAGUAGAGCGUGUUAUAUGGAGUGUGUCAUUGAGUGUGUCAUAUGGAUCUGCCUUAUUGCGCAUCUUUGCUGCCUUUCUUAGAGCUUUUAAUAUAUGGAAAUUGAAAUAAAGAGUCUGUUUAGUAUGUAUGUUGUAUAUUUGUUAUAGACAUAGUUUGAGUAUCAAUGUGUUGACUGAAUGAUCACCAUGCCCAGAAGAUGUAUAUUUGUGAAAUACCUAUGUGAAGACCUCAGAUGUCAUGUCUUUUCACUCCUUUCUAGUUUAAGUUAUCUAUACAGCCACCAGUGGACGUUACAGGCAGACACAUUUUAUGUUAGUUCUCAAUGCACCCGGAAAUUAUUUUUUAAAAAAGGGACUAAAGAUGUAGCCAUCAUAGAAAUGACUCUUUCCUGAAAGCAUCAACAGUUGUUGUAUCCCAAAGGAAAUUAGAAUGAAGUUCUCAGAUUGUGCCUCGUUUUGGGACCGUGGGGUUUUGUGUUAAAAUAUGCCAUAUUCAGUUUUACCUUAUUUUAAAUAGGAAAUGCUGCGGUGUUAGUGUAAGAUGACCACUGAAUAGUUAGAUGAUGCUAAACUCUCUGUAAUGGACAAAAAUGUACGUAGGCUGCAUGUUGACGGGGGAGAGUUAGUGAGCGAAUGAGUGGAUGGACGUGUGGGUGUGUAGAUAAGAGCGAGAGAGAGAACGGAGUGGAGGUAGUUGGAUUAAGAUCAAGAGACAAAUGUUUGGUAUAACCAGUCUUCACAAAGCUGGCUACACCAAACAAACAAACCUCAAGUGAUCUGCUAGAGUCUCUUCAAUCGUUUGCCCUCUUGUGCAGCCCUGAUAAUGACAGCGAAGGUAGAUGAAAGCAAAAAUAUUGCAAUCAGAGGAUUUAAAUAUAUAUUUUUUCUUUGAGAGUGUCUCAUGAGGGUGCAUUAGAGAGGAAGGUUAAUUGGUUGGCCAAAGCGGAUUGAUGUAUGUGUUACCUACAUUGGGAUAUGCAUUAGCAAGACUGGAUGAAAUCGUUUGAUCUGCCUUGGUCUGAAUAUUUUCUACUGUAAAGUUUUCAAAUGGCAUACAGAUGUGUUUGUAGAAGAGCAUCUCUCUCUCUCUCUCUCUCUCUCAAAGGCUCUUUCUCUCACACGUGGUUUCCCAUUUUUGUUGUUUUUAAGCCACUAUUUCAUAUGUACCUGCCUUUUUCAUGUGCAAUAUGAAGUGUCUGCCUCUGUGAUGUUGCAUAGAUUCCUAUGUAAAUACCUAUGCCUCUUGUUAAAUUAUUACUUUAGGUCUGAGGUCCCAAAGGCAUUUCAGAGUUAGAUUGUGAUGUUACCACUGAAAAAAAAUCAGCGGACUAAUCCUGAAAUGCUUCAGAGAGUUCAGACCUAGGACGGUUUUCUAUUCUGAGUGUGUAUCUGUCCCUUUAUGUUCGUUUUAGAAAGUCAUGGCUAUAUGUGCCAAGCAAACAUUUUCUACUUCCUGGCUGAGCUGCAAAGUGAAAAACAGGCACACCUCCAAACAUUUUUUCAUUCUCUAAUGUUGGAGGAGUGACGACGAGGGCUGACUUCAUGUAAAACUUUACCGCCGGUUCUGAAACGGUUCUGUGGCUCAUCCAGGAAGUACAAACCCAAUCUAUUUCCCCAUCAUCACAGAGCAGCGGGACUCUAACCUGUGAUGUAAUGUCAUUGUAAUGAUCACCUGUGACAUAAUUGUUAAAAAGUGGCAAAAGUAUAAUUGCUGUAAAUAUCAAAGUUUUGAAAGAAAAUGUUACUUGAUUGUCUGUCAUUAUUACAAUGGGAAGUAUUUCAAUUCUGUAAUGUAUUUAAAGUGGUUGCAUCUUGUUCUCUCUCUUUUUUUUUCAUUUUUGAACAACUCCAAGCUUAGACUUUUAGACAGAGGCGAUGAAAGGAAACUAUAUGUGUAUUUAAGAUAUACAUAUGAUACACUACCACAAAUAAGAACCCAAUCUAAUCUGAAAUGUAUAAAUGAUACUUAUAACUGAGGACUAAACCCAGUCAUCUGUUAAUUAUUUGUUUUGUUGAGUUCUGAGUGCUGGUGGUCUCGUUCUUCUUCAGCUGUAAUGAACAAGGACAUUUUAGAGAAGAAGACAAAUGGAUGAAAUUUAGAUUUUUUUUUUUUUUUUCUUUCUUGGAAUAA